CAAACAUCAAACAAAUUCCACAAUCCUCCACAUCCCCCCACCCUUUUGAGUGAAAGUAGGGAGGGCUUAGUAUUAUUCAAUGUCUAAAACCCUUUUACGACUGUUACGACGGAGGAGCUUAACAGCUUCGCACUAUCAUCACCGCCGGCCACCAUUACUCCCAAAACUCGAACAAAAUGCGCAGAAAGGGUUCCUCCGACACAACUCCACCACCACUCCCAUCUUCCCCUCCUCCAAAGAUACAAAACCAGAGAAAACCACCUCCACCACCCUCCGCCACAUAAUGCGCAAAAUCCCCCAUCCGGUAGUAAUAAUAACAGCCACCUCCCCCUUGACCCCACACUCCCCACGCGGCAUAACUCUCAGCUCUUUCAACUGCUUCUCCCUCACACCACCGCUCAUCUCCUUCAACACCGCCACGCCCUCAAUGGCCGCAAGUGCCAUGUCCAUCUCCGGCGUCUUCACAGUGCACGUCCUCCGCUCCACCACGCGGGCAGCACACAUCGCAUCGCUAUUCUCGAAGGCGAAGCUUCCCACGUCGCCCUGGGAGAGCGUGCGCGAUUCCCAAUUGCGUGAGCAGGGAUUGCUAGGGAAGGACGAGGACGUCUUGUACAGGCUUAGGUGCGAGACGUAUAGGAGUGUGCAGAUUGAAGAUCAUCGCUUUUGGGUUGGGAGGGUUGUGGGGGUGGAUUUCCUUGUUGGGGAAAAGGAGGCAGGGUUUGGGUUGAUGUAUGCUGAGGGGAUGUUUAGAGAUGUUGGGAGGGAGGUGGGGAGUGAUGAGGGGGGGGAUGUUGAUGACGGGUCUGGGUGAUUGCUAUGGGGAGGCUGGGGGAAUUGACGUCGGGGUGUUUUUGGGCGUUUUUGGGUUGUGUAAUACGCGUUGUAUGUGGGUUUGAGGGAGGGGGUCGGGUUUGGAAACCUUCUUUCGGUUUAACAGCGUUGGGAACUUGGAAUACAGUUGAUAGAAAUAUUGCUAAGUACAUUAGAAAGAGGUACGCAUUAGAGCAAGAAAGUUAGUUCAUAAACUCA